UUGGUCGGAGCCGGCGGCGGCUCCGCUGUUGCUGAGGGGAAGCGCGAGGGGCCCGGCCGGGCCCUGCACGGCGCCGGGAGAGGCCGCGGGACCCCACGGUGGCGCCCGGGCUGGCGCGAGGACGAUGAAGCCGGCGAGGAAGGCCGGCGGCUCCUCUUCCUCCUCCUCUUCCUCCUCGUCCUGCGGGGGCGCCCGCGCUGUGCCCCCCCCUCCUCCGUCGCGCCCCCCCAAACCCCUCAAACGCCGCGAAGGAGCCGAAGGCGACGACGAAGACGACGACGACGUUCCCGACGCAUCCGAAGCCUCCGUUCCCGUCGCCCCCCAACCUCCCUCCUCUUCCUCGCCCCCCCCGGACCCCGAGGCGCCCCCCCCGAGCCGUAAAACCGCCACCUUCAAAUCCCGCGCCCCCCGCAAGAAACCCUCGGCUUCGGGCGACGCCGGCGCCAGCGGCUGCUCCAGCACCGACACGGCCAGCGAACACUCUGCCGACGAGGGGGGCCCCAACCCCGGGGACCCCCCGGCUCCCCCCGGGGCCCCCCCAAACCCCGGGGACCCCCCGUCGCUCCCCGCCGAAGCCGUUUUCCGCCGCCUGCGCUGCCAGCGCGUCCUGGCGCUGCGGGACGGCGUUUUCCAGCCGGCGGUGGUGAAGCAGCUGCGGCGCGGGCAGGAUUUGGGGGUUCAAUUCGCCGGCGAACGCGGCGUCACCUUCUUGGAAGGAGCCGUUUUCGGGGACCCCCCCGCGGUGGUGGUGGAUGCCACCCCCCCAGCCGGCGCUUUAGGAGUGGGGACCCCGGUUUGUGCCCGUUUAGAUCCGGCCGAAACGCUUUACCGGCAAGGAACGGUGGUGGAGGUGAGCGCCAAACCCCCGGCGUAUCGCGUCCGCUUCGCGCCGCCGGCCGCGCCGCCCGUUUGGAUCCCGCGCUCCGGCCUCCGCCUGCUGCGCCCGCCCUGGCCCCCCCACACGCCCCCGCACCCCCAAAACCCGGAGGACGAGGAAGACGACGACGAAACCUCCUCGACGGCGCCGAAACCCGCCGAGGACGCCGAGGUGUCGAAGCUGAACGCCGCCGCGCCCGCGCCGCGCCCGGCGCCGCCGACGCAGCAGCCCAAAUACAAGAAGGGGGACGUGGUUUGCACCCCGAACGGCAUCCGCAAGAAAUUCAACGGCAAACAGUGGCGGCGGCUCUGCUCGCGCGACGGCUGCACCAAAGAGUCGCAGCGGCGCGGGUUCUGCUCCCGACACCUCUCCAUGCGCACCAAGGAGCUCGAGGGCCUUCCGGAAAACCGCGCGGCGGCAGCGGUGCCGCACCGCGACGGCAGCGCCGACUUCGAUUGGGGCGACGAAACGUCGCGGGAGAGCGAAGGGGAGCCCCGCGCCCGCCUCGGCGGUCCCCCCGCCGCCGACCUGUCCCGCUUCGAGUUCGACGAGUGCGAGGCGGCCGUCAUGUUGGUCUCGUUGGGGAGCUCGCGCUCCGGCACCCCGAGUUUUUCCCCGGCUUCCACCCAGUCCCCCUUUUCGCCCACCCCUUCGCCGUCCCCGUCCCCCCUUUUCGGCUUCCGUCCCGCCAACUUCAGCCCGGUGGGAGCGUCCCCGCGCGCCCGCGGGCGUCACCUCAGCGCCGGGACCCCCCGUCCGGGCGAGGGGCUCAGCCCCCCCCCGCCGCCCCCUCCGCCGCCGCCGCCGCGCCCGCGGCCCCCGUCCGGCGUCCCCCCUCCGUUCCAGCCCGGUCUCCCCUUCCCCGUCCCCCUCAGCCCCGGGAAGCGGAAAGCGGAGGCGCCCCCCCCGCCUCAGGACCCCCAAGAUGGGGGCGCGGGGGUGGGUUUGGGGGGGGGGUUCCGCGCCCUCUCGCCCCUCUUCGCCCCGCGCUCGCCGGCGGGGCUGACGGCCGAUCCGGGCCCCGGCGCUCGCCGCGUGCCGCCCGUGCCGCGAGGUUCGCCCGUCAUCGUCCGCAACCCCGAAGUGCCGCUCCCCGAACCCCCCCCGCGCCCCCGCCCGCUGCCGACCCCCCAAAAACCCCCCUUGGCCGCCCCCGUCCCCAUCAACGCCGGCCGCCUGCGACCUCCCGUCCGCCCGAAUCCCAACCCCGGAGCUUCGGCGCCUCCGGACCGAGCGGCGCCCCCACACCCUGCGCCCCCCACUUUCGGGGCUCCCCUGCACCCCGUGGCCUUCCACCCCUCUCCCGCCGCCCUCCUCCCCCUCCUCGUGCCCGGAGACUUCGGGGCUCCCCCGGCCCCCAGGAAGGAGAUCGUGAUGGGGAGACCGGGAACAGUGUGGACCAACGUGGAGCCGCGCUCGGUGGCCGUGUUCCCCUGGCAUUCGCUCGUGCCCUUCCUGGCGCCCAGCCAGCCCGACGCGUCCCCGCAGCCCCCGCAGGGCCACCAGCCCGUCAGCCACCCCGCCGGCUCCCAGAGCAAAGAGCCCCCUGAAUCAGCAGCCAUUGCCCCCGAGCUGGCGGUGGGGCCGGAGCCGGGGCGCUGCGGGGGGGCCACGCGGCCUCAGAGCCCCCCGCCCGCCCCUCCUGUCACCAGUGUGGGCCCCCCCGGCCCUGAGGAGGAGCCCCCCGGACCCCCCCGCUUGGACAGCGAGACCGAGAGCGACCACGACGACGCGUUCUUGUCGAUCGUGGCCCCGGAGCUGCCGCUGCCGCUGGGGCCUGGGAAGCGUCGGACGCAGUCACUGAGCGCCCUCCCCAAGGAGCGCGAUGGGGACAAGGAGGGGCGCAGCCCCGGCAAGCGCGAGAAGGACCACAUCCGGCGGCCCAUGAACGCCUUCAUGAUCUUCAGCAAGCGGCACCGGGCGCUCGUGCACCAGCGACACCCGAACCAGGACAACCGCACCGUCAGCAAGAUCCUGGGCGAGUGGUGGUACGCGCUGGGGCCGCGCGAGAAGCAGAAGUACCACGACCUUGCCUUCCAGGUGAAGGAGGCGCACUUCAAAGCACACCCGGACUGGAAAUGGUGCAACAAAGACCGCAAGAAAUCCAGCUCGGAGGGGGCGCGGGGCCCGGGGGCGGCCGGGGGGGGCCCCAAAGAACCCCGCGAGCGCAGCGCCUCCGAGAGCGGACCCCCCGCGCCCCCCGCAGGCGCUGCCGACACCCCCGCGCCCCCCGAGGGCAGGGGGGGUUCAGGCCCCCCCGGGGAACGGGGCCCGGCUGGGGGUGGGGUGCAGCACCCCCGCCCCCGCGCCUUCUCCCACAGCGGCGUCCAGGGAGACUUCGGACAGCUCUGCUCCCCCUUGGCGGCCCCCCCCGGGCCCUGCGCGCCCCCCGCCCCCCGCGCGCCCCCCCCGCGGCCCCCCCGCGCCCCCCGCGCCGCCAGCGAGGAGGGGACGAGCGACGAGGAGCGCAUGGUGAUCUGCGAGGAGGAGGGCGACGACGAUGUCAUCGCGGAUGAGGGGUUCCCCCCACCCGCCGACAUCGACCUCAAGUGCAAAGAGCGCGUGAGCGACAGCGACGGCGACGGCUCCUCGGGGGAUGAGGGCCAGCCGCCGCCCCGGAAGCCGCUGCCGCCGCGCCCCCCGGUGGAACCGGACGCGCCCCCCCCCGGCCCGGCCGAGCCCCCCCCCUCCGCGGGGCCCUACAAGGGAGCACCGCCCCCCCCCGCCCCCCCGAAACGCUUCGAGGGGGGGUGCGCGGCCCCCCCGCCCCUCCCCCGCCGCAAACGCGCCGACAGCGCGGGGGGGGGCGAGGGGGGAGGGGCGGCGGCGCCCCCACUGCCCCGCCCGGCGCCGCCCCCCCCCGCGGCGCCCCCCGCGGCGCCCCCCGAGAGCAAAGCGGGGUCCGGGGGGGCCCCGGUGGCGCUGCUCGCCCCCCCCGUGCAGUUCCUGGCCCAGCCCACCCCUCCCCCCGCGGCGGGGGGCGGAGCCAACGGGCCCCUCCCCCUCGGGCUGCCCCUCCCCCCCGGCAAGGGGGGGGCGGUGACGCAGGUGCAGUACAUCCUGCCGCCCCUCCCCCACCCGCUGCCCCUCCCCCCCGGCAAGGCCGGGCCCGCACCCCCCGCACCCCCCGCGCCCCCCACCCUGCACUUCGCCCUCCCCUCCCCCAACGGCAAAGGGGGGGGCGGCGCGGCCCCCGCCGGCGGAGCCCCCAAAGCCGCGCCCCCCCCCGGCCCCGUGCCCCCCUUGCUGCCCGGGAAGGUGUUGGUGCCCGUGGCCCCGCCCGGACCCGCCCGCGCCGCUCACGGACCCGCCCUGGCGCCACCCGGCAAGAUCAUCCAGCUCAGCCCGGUGCCGCUGGUUCCCCCCGGGAGCCCCGGGGCAGGGGGGGCCCCCGCGCCCCCCCCGAAGGUGCUGCUCCCCUCCCCCGCCCGCAUCGCCUACGUGGCCCCCGGGACGGCGCCCACCCCCGCCCCGGCCCCCGCGCCGCCCGUGGCGCUCGGCUUCACCGCGCUCGGCACCGCCGCACCCGCCAUCGUCCAACCUCUGCUGCCCGGGCAGGGCUCCCUGCUGGCCCCCGGGCCUGUGGGGGUGUCCCCACUGCCGCCCCCCCAGCUGCCCCCCGCCUCGGGGGCCCCCGUCCUCGCCGCCAUCUACCCCGGCCCCCCCGGCUCGGCCCCCGCCGCCGCCCCCGCGCCCGGCUUGGUGUACAGCGUGGCCGGAUCCGCCCCUGCCGCCCCCGCCCUGCUGCCCAAGGGGGGGCCCGGGCCUGCGCCCCCCGCGGGGAACACCGCCCCCCUGAGCUUCCCGCCGGCACGGCCGCCGCGUCCCCCGCUGAAGCCCCCGCAGAAGGUCAAGGCCGCCAUCGCCACCAUCCCCGUGGGCUGCUACGAAGCUCCGCCGCCGCCGCGCCCCCCGCCCGACCCCGCCCCGCCCCCCAACGCCCCCCCCUCGCCGCCGCCGCCGCCCCCCCCUUCCGGCGACUGGGACGCCGCCCCCCCUCCCGCCGCCCCCUCCCCGCCCCGCCCCGAGGCCUGGAGCCACCGCGACCCCGAGGCGGCGCCCGGCAGCCCCUCCCCCGCCGAGCAGGCCUGGCGAGCGCCCCCCAACGAGAGCCGCCCGGAGCCCCCCACCCCGCCCCCCGCCGGGCCCUCCUCCUCCCCUCCAGCCCCCCCCGAGGGGCCCCCCCGCGCCGCCGCCCCGCCCCCCCCGGCCCCGCCCCCGGCCGAGGAGCGCAAAGAGGGGGGGGCGGGGAAAAAGGUGAAGGUGAGGCCGCCCCCCCUCAAGAAAACCUUCGACUCGGUGGACAAAGUGCUGUCGGAGGUGGAUUUCGAGGAGCGCUUUGCGGAGCUGCCCGAGUUCCGCCCUGAGGAGGUGCUGCCGUCGCCCACCCUGCAGGCCCUCGCCACCUCCCCCCGCGCCAUCCUGGGCAGCUACCGGCGCAAGCGCCGCGGCUCCUCCGACCUGGAUGCGGGGGGCGAGGACCCCGCGUCCCCCAAACGCCGCCUGCGGCGCCGCUCGAGCUGCGGCUCCGAACCCACGACGCCCAAGAGCGCCAAAUGCGAGGGAGAGGUGUUCACCUUCGAGCGACCCGGGGCGGAGGCGGAGGACGCGUUGGGGGAGUUGGAGUUCGAGAAGGCGCCGUUCUCAUCCCUGCGCCGCACUCUGGACCAGCGCCGCGCCCUCGUCAUGCAGCUCUUCCAGGAGCACGGAUUCUUCCCCUCGGCCCAGGCGACGGCGGCGUUCCAGGCGCGCUUUGCCGACAUCUUCCCCACUAAGGUGUGUCUGCAGCUCAAGAUCCGCGAGGUUCGCCAGAAGAUCAUGCAGGCGGCCACGCCCCCCGAGCAGGCCCCGCCCCCGGACCCGCCAGACGCCACGCCUCCUGCCGACGCCACGCCCCCCACCGACCCCGCCGAGGCCACGCCCCCUUCGCCUGCCGCGGGGGGGGGCGGCGCGCGCUGAGCAUUCCAGGCCCCGCCCCCUCCCCGCGGGACCCGGGCGGGCGGUGGGGGG